CUUGGCGCCGGCGUCACCAUGCCGAUGAUGACUAUCAUCUUCGGUCGUAUGAUCGCUUCUUUCACCAAGUAUUACAAGUAUGAGGCUGUUGAGUCCGCGAGCACUUUCUUUAGGGAGAGUAUCAACGAAUGCUCUUUGUUCCUGACAUACCUCUUCAUCGCCAAGGUUGGCCUUAGCUAUAUGGCCAAUCUUGGCUUCAGGAUGUCAAGCCUACGCAUAUCGGCUGCGAUGAGGCUAGAGUACAUGAAAUGUCUCUUCCGCCAGCCCAUCUCAACUCUUGAUGCGCUCCCACCCGGUCAGACGGCGGCCAUCAUCACCAUCACGGCCAGUGUCUUGCAGGCAGGGAUAUCCGAGAAGCUCGCCCAGCUCCUCCAGUCCAUCUCGCUCGUCGUCUCGGCACUGGUGAUAGCAUUCAUCCACAGCUGGAACCUGACCCUGGUAACAAGCUGCGGCCUGAUCUUCAUCGUCGGCGUCUAUGCCUCCACAACCCCGUUCCUGGUCAAGCUGCUGGGCCAGGUGCAGCACGCGGACAUCCAGGCCUCGGUCGUCGCGAACGAGACCUUCAAUUCCAUCCGCAUGGUGGCCGCCUGCGGGGCCGAGGCCAAGAUGGAGAAGAGAUAUGCCGGCUGGGUUAACGAGUCGCGGCACAGGGGGAUGAAAAUGCCGCGGUUGAUCGCUGUACAGCAGGCGCCUGUGUUUUUUGCCAUCUACGGCACCUUCGCGCUCUCUUUCUGGUACUCUUUCAAGAUGUACAUGGAGGGGAAGAUCACCAGUCCCGAAACCUUGAUUGUCGUUCUCAUGUGCGUCAUGUUGAUGACAACUGCCAUCGGAGGCGUGUCAGCGCCCCUCUCUUCCGCCUCUCGCGCGGCCGGGGCGGCCACCAUCUUCUACACCAUCAUCGACGCGCCCACGCCAAAGCUGGGUGGCGUCAAGGAACCCGAGGUGUCCGCCACGGAGGAUAUUAUCUUCCAUAAUAUCAACUUUGCGUACCCGACCAGGCCGUUCAUCAAGGUCCUCAACUUCUUGAACCUGCGCUUCCCUGCCGGGAAGAUCACGGCUAUAGUUGGUCCGUCGGGCUCUGGGAAGAGCACCAUUGUUGGGUUGCUGGAGCGGUGGUACGAGCUUGAUAAGGGGGUUCAUGGCAAAGCCAUGUUUCUACGAAAUGGCUCAAUCACCAUCGGGGGGCGACACCUCAAAGAGAUCGAUCUCAAGUGGUGGAGGUCCCAGAUCGGCCUCGUGCAACAAGAGCCCUUCCUUUUCAACACCACCAUCUAUAAGAAUGUCGAGCACGGCCUGGUCGGCACCGAGUGGGAAGAUGCGCGACCUGAGAAGAAGAAGGAGCUUGUGGAGCAGGCCUGCCGAGAGGCGUUUGCGGACGAGUUCAUCGACCGUCUGCCCGAGGGUUAUGACACUGUCGUUGGAGAUGCCGGCAUCAAGCUCAGUGGGGGCCAGCGGCAGCGACUAGCCAUUGCGAGGAGUAUCGUCAAGCGACCAAAAAUAUUGAUACUCGACGAAGCGACCAGCAGCAUCGAUGUGCGGAGCGAGCUGAUGGUCCAGGCCGCGCUGGACAAAGUAUCCAAGGACAGGACGACCAUUACCAUCGCGCAUCGCCUCUCGACCAUUAAGAAGGCGGACAACAUCCUCGUCCUGCGCAAGGGACAGGUCGUUCAACAGGGCACUCACGAGUCCCUGAUGGCGAACGAGGGGGGCCCAUAUUGGACUCUUGCAACCGCUCAACAACUUAUGACGGGCUCGGAGGAGGAGGAGGAGGACGUCCCAGCCGCGCGUUCUGAUCUGUCUGAGAAGAAAAGCUGGGAUGUUAUCGAGACGAAAGAGAACGCUUCCGGGGACACAAGCACAAUGGAUACUGCCGAGUCAGUGACAGUCAAGGCAAAGCCGAUGGGCCUCAUUGGGAGUUUUGCGCUCCUUCUUCGCGAACAGAAGGCCCGCUGGCCCUGGUACUUGCUUCUUUUUAUUGGGACGAUUGGUGGAGGAGCAACUGCGCCUCUCCAUGCGUACCUAUUUGCCCACCUCCUGACUCUGUUUCGGAUUUGGGGCGAGGAGCUCUUGUAUAUGUCGAGGUUCUGGUGCCUGAUGUUUGCCAUGUUAGCCAUCAUGGUUGGUCUCAGCUACUUCGCCAUGGGUUGGUCGGCAACAACCCUCGCAAUCAACAUAACACGCGCAUAUCGACGGGAAUAUUUCCACAACAUGCUCUUCAAGUCCGUUGCCUUCUUCGACGCGGACGCACAUUCCGUCGGCGCUCUGACCGCGCAGCUCGCAACGGACCCGACCCAGCUGCAGCAGUUGCUGGGCAUGAACAUGGCGUCUGUCAUCAUCUCCAUCUUCAGCGUCACCGGCUGCCUAAUCCUCGCCUUCUACUUCGGCUGGAAGCUGGCAGCCGUGGCGCUGUGCUCGUCGAUGCCCCUCAUCAUCGCCGCGGCCUUUUUCCGGAUUCGCUACGAGGCCCGUUCUGAGAAGAUGAACAACAAGGUCUUCGCCGAGAGCGCCAAGUUCGCGACGGAAUCAAUCGGGGCCUCCAGGACCGUCGCAGCUCUCACCCUCGAGGACACAAUCUGCGGUCGGUAUGAUCUGCUCCUGAAGACGCACAUCAGGAAGGCGUUCUCUCAGGCAAGCGUGUCGAGCCUCCUAUAUGCACUGAGCGAUAGUGUGGCCCUGCUUUGCAUGGCUUUUGUGCUCUGGUACGGUGGUGGCUUAAUGCUGAAGCAGGAGUAUUCGCCUUUCCAGUACCUGGUAGUCUAUGUCGCUGUGAUGCAGGGAGGAGUAGGUGCAGGACAGUGGCUGAGCAAUGGCCCGAACAUUGCAAAGGCAUCAGUCGCUGCAGGGCGCAUCAUCGACAUGAGGACCAAGGAUCGCAACGAGGGGCGACUUAUUUCCUUGGACCUUGGGAAUAUCGGGGACAACGACAAAGGUGUCAAGAUCCAGAUGCAAAACGUCUGGUUCAGGUACCCCACGAGAGAUGCGCCCAUUCUGAACGGCUUGGAUUUAACCAUUGAGAAGGGGCAGUUCGCCGCCAUUGUGGGGCCGUCAGGCUCCGGGAAAACGACGGUCAUUUCUCUCCUCGAAAGGUUCUACACGCCCAAAUUUGGAAAUAUCCUUUACAACGGCUCCGAUAUCUCCUACCUCUCCCUCGGCCACUAUCGCAGAGAGAUCUCGCUCGUUUCCCAGGAGCCGAGUCUACUCAACGGGACUAUAAGGGAGAACAUCAUCCUGGGCGUUGACGAGAACCUCGUCACCGACGAGGAUGUCGACCAAGCAUGUCGGGACGCAGGAAUCCAUGAUUUCAUUUCUUCCCUCCCCGAAGGAUACAACACCCAGGUGGGGACCAAAGGCGUCGCCUUGUCGGGUGGGCAGAAGCAGCGCUUGUCAAUAGCAAGGGCCAUGAUCCGGAAUCCCCGGCUUCUCUUGCUGGACGAGGCCACGUCGAAUCUGGAUGCCCAGACCGAGAAGGCGGUCCAGGCCGUGUUUGAGGCGAACAAGAAGAACAGGACCAUGAUAGUUGUGGCACAUCGCCUGGCCACUGUCCAGAAUGCCGAUGUCAUAUUCGUCCUCGGGGAUGGGCGGGUCGUGGAGAAGGGGGAUCAUGCGUCGCUGCUGAAGAAAAAGGGGCUCUACUAUCAAAUGUGUCAAUCCCAAGCACUCGACCGAUAG